CGACUGUCUAACCCUGUCCCCAAUCUACACCGUCCAUUUUCAUCACAUCUCAAUUCUUGUCUCUCAGUGAUUUUCUUUUUUCUUUUUUUCGGUCGGUUCCAUUUUAUCCAAAAAAAGGAAAAACAUAGCCCGCCGUCAAACGGCUAUGCAGGAUUCUUGGGUGCAAAUUUUAUUGGGUUGAGGAUGGAACCUGGAGGUAGCAGUAAGAGCCAAACAGAGCCUAAGAAACGCCAAUCAAAGACACCCAGAAAGCCCAAAGAUAGUGUUCUUGAGCAGAAAUCACCAGCUGAGUUCUUUGCGGAGAAUAAAAACAUUGCUGGUUUUGAUAAUCCAGGAAAAUGUCUUUACACUACUGUAAGGGAACUCGUCGAGAACUCACUUGAUUCCACGGAGUCCAUAUCUGAGCUUCCUGUGAUAGAAAUAACGAUUGAAGAUAUUGAGAAAAGCAAGUUCAAUUCUAUGAUUGGUCUUAUUGAUCGUGACCGUGUUGACGAGGCACUAUACGAUGAUUAUGAAACAGCUAAGGCUCGUGAGAAACGAUUAGCAAAGGAAGCUCGUGCUCAAGAAAUACAAGCGAAAAAUGCUUCCGUCGGAAAGAAAGUCAAAGAGCCUCCAGCUUCAAAGACCAUGAAGAGCCGAGGUGAGGCUUCAUUUUACAAGGUUACAUGCAAGGAUAAUGGAAAAGGAAUGCCACAUGAUGACAUUCCAAAUAUGUUUGGACGAGUGUUAUCUGGGACAAAAUAUGGCUUGAAGCAGACACGUGGGAAGUUUGGUCUAGGUGCAAAGAUGGCAUUAAUUUGGUCAAAGAUGAGUACAGGGCUUCCUAUAGAGAUCUCGUCAUCUAUGAAGAGUCAAAAUUAUAUUUCAUUUUGCAGGCUGGAUAUAGAUAUUCAUCGGAACAUUCCUCAUGUCCACUUACAUGAAAAGCAAGAUAACAAGGACCAGUGGCAUGGAGCUGAGAUCCAAGUUGUUAUUGAAGGAAAUUGGACAACUUACCGUUCGAAGAUAUUGCAUUACAUGCGACAAAUGGCUGUUAUCACUCCUUAUGCUGAGUUUCUUUUUAAAUUUGUAUCAGAUGCAUCUGAUAAAAAUGUCACCAUAAGGUUUGCACGGAGAACAGAUGUAAUGCCUCCAGUGCCUCUUGAGACAAAGCACCAUCCAUCGUCUGUUGACUUAUUGCUUAUAAAGCGGCUCAUUGAAGAAACUCCAAAGCAAAACCUUUUACAGUUUCUUCAGCAUGAAUUUGUUAAUAUACGAAAAGCCUAUGCUGAACGACUAAUUGGGGAAUUGGGUCCUGAGUUCAGUCCAAAGAUGCCUAUUAAAUCUAUAACUUCUCAGCAAAUUGUUCGCAUCCAUCAGUUAUUUCGUCAAGCUAAAUUUGAUGAUCCUAGUGGUGAUUGUCUGAGUCCUGCAGGGGAAUACAAUCUUCGUCUAGGAAUUAUAAAGGAGCUGCAUCCAGACAUGGUCGCGACUUAUUCUGGAAGUGCUAGAGUUUUUGAAGGCCACCCAUUUAUUGUGGAAGCUGGUGUCAGUGUGGGUGGAAAAGAUGUCAAGCAAGGUUUGAAUAUUUUCCGAUUUGCAAACCGAAUUCCACUUCUUUUCGAGCAAGGUGCUGAUGUUGUCACCAGGACCGCUCUUAAGAGAAUCAAUUGGAGUGGUUACAAGAUCAACCAAACUCAGGAUAAAAUUGGUGUCUUUGUGAGCAUUGUAAGCACCAAAAUACCCUUUAAAGGAACCGGGAAGGAGUAUAUUGGAGAUGAUAUAACUGAAAUAGCUUCAGCUGUCAAGUCUGCCAUUCAACAGUGUUGCAUCCAGCUAAAAACCAAGAUAGUGAAGAAAAUCCAAGCUCGUGAACAGCAGGAGAGAAAGCGAAGUUUGAGCAUGUAUGCCGAUAAUGCUGCUACUGCUGCAUAUAAUGUGUUGGAGGCAAUGGAAAAAUCACAGGCAUCAAAGAAGCAACGUUAUGAGGUUAAGGAUGCAGAAAUGCAUAAGGAAAUAUUAACACAUAGUACAGUUAGGAAAGAAACGCUCCGGGAAUUAUAUGAGGAAAUAUCAGCUGGUGCAAUUACAAAAGAAAUGCUCAGGGAAAAGCUUCUACAACAUGUUGAGCAGGUGGACUAUGAAAUGGCAUUAGAGUAUGCUACACAUAGCGGAGUGAGUGAGGAACCCAGAGAAGCCAUAUUUAUACAGUCAUUAGAAGCUGCAGAAGAUAACUUUAUGGACUUGCAUAGUCCCGCAUUUGUCUUUCGGCUCUUCUGCUAGGAAUUUGUUGGAGGAUAUUAAAGAUCUUCAAAUUCAUGUCUCACUGCAGCUGUGUAAUGAAAAUCUUGAUGUUGCUGUUCAAUUCAAUUUAUUCCAAGUUUGUUUCAAAAUAUCUUCUUUAAAUCUAACAAUUCAUAAGGCAUCUUUUGAUCUACUUC